AUGGAGUGCUCGCCCUUCGACUCCUGUACCUACGUUGCUUAUGUCGACAUUAAGGCAGCUUUUGACUUUAUAGAUCGGGAAGCCCUAUGGAAAGCCCUGAAAGCAACAGGAGUUCCACCGUUUCUUCUUCACCUGGUUCAGGACUUACAUGAUGGCAGCCUCUACCGUGCGUGUUGGCAACGACAUCUCCUGUCCCUUCCUUCAGCACCUCCGCGGUGUUCGCCGAGGCUGUGCCUGGCCCAAGCCCUAUUUUGCUGUGCCAUUGACUGGGUACUAAAUCGCCGGCGGGCUGAUCUCGGCAUAAUGGCUGGAGAAAUGUCCUUUACCGACCUAGCCCACGCUGACGAUGCCGCCCUGUUCGCAAGAGAGCCUAAUAAGUGA